AACCGGGAAAGGUGGAGUCGCGGCUGCCUCCGCCUCCUCCUCCUCCUCCCGUUGGAGGGGCCGAGGGAGGGGACUGGAGCUGAUCUCUGGAUGUUCUGGGUAGUCUGACGAGAGUAUGAGGCGAGCUCCGGCCCGGGCGCGGCCGGGCUUCGGAGGCGAAGGCGCCGCCGCCGCCGCCAUCUGAGUCGCUGCGCCCGCCCGCGAGGCCCGGCGCGCGGAUGGUGCCGGUGCGGCUCGGGGGCUGAUCGCGUGUCCCCUCCCCCCUCCCCUCCCCCACGCGGUGGGCUCCCCUCCCACCCCGGCCGAGCCAUGUCUCGGGGUGGCUCCUGCCCACACCUGUUGUGGGACGUGAGGAAAAGGUCCCUUGGGCUGGAGGACCCGUCCCGGCUGCGGAGCCGCUACCUGGGAAGAAGAGAAUUUAUCCAAAGAUUAAAACUUGAAGCAGCCCUGAAUGUGCAUGACGGCUGUGUUAAUACAAUCUGUUGGAAUGAGACUGGAGAAUAUAUUUUAUCUGGCUCAGAUGACACCAAGUUAGUAAUUAGUAAUCCUUACAGCAGAAAGGUUUUGACAACAAUUCGUUCAGGGCACCGAGCAAAUAUAUUUAGUGCAAAGUUCUUACCGUGCACAAAUGAUAAGCAGAUUGUAUCCUGCUCUGGAGAUGGAGUUAUAUUUUAUACCAAUAUUGAGCAAGAUGCAGAAACCAACAGACAAUGCCAAUUUACGUGCCAUUACGGAACUACCUAUGAGAUCAUGACUGUACCCAAUGACCCAUAUACUUUUCUCUCUUGUGGUGAAGAUGGAACUGUUAGGUGGUUUGAUACGCGCAUCAAAACUAGCUGCACAAAAGAAGAUUGCAAAGAUGAUAUUUUAAUUAACUGCCGACGUGCCGCCACUUCCGUAGCGAUUUGUCCACCGAUACCGUAUUACCUGGCUGUGGGUUGUUCCGAUAGCUCAGUGCGGAUCUAUGAUCGGAGAAUGCUGGGCACCAGGGCUACAGGGAAUUAUGCAGGUCGAGGAACUACUGGAAUGGUUGCCCGUUUUAUCCCUUCUCAUCUUAAUAAUAAGUCCUGCAGGGUGACAUCUCUGUGUUACAGUGAAGAUGGUCAAGAGAUUCUUGUUAGUUACUCUUCAGAUUACAUAUAUCUUUUUGAUCCAAAAGAUGAUACAGCACGAGAACUUAGAACUCCUUCUGCCGAAGAGAGAAGAGAAGAGUUACGACAACCUCCAGUGAAGCGUCUGAGACUCCGUGGAGAUUGGUCAGAUACUGGACCCCGAGCAAGGCCUGAGAGUGAACGAGAGCGGGACGGAGAGCAAAGUCCCAAUGUGUCAUUGAUGCAGAGAAUGUCUGACAUGUUAUCAAGAUGGUUUGAAGAAGCAAGUGAAGUUUCACAAAGCAGCAGAGGACGAGGACGGUCUCGACCCAGAGGUGGAACGAGUCAGCCAGAUGUUUCGACUCUUCCUGCCGUCCCGUCAAGCGCUGAUUUGGAAGCGGGUGAAACUGCAAUGGACGUAGAUGCUCCAGCUGAGCAGCUUCCGCCGCCGUCGGCGUCCUCGGCGGCGUCCACGCAGGCUCACUCGGCCGCGUCCUCCGCGGAAAGCCCUCACUCUCCUUCCCUGCUGCCUUCUCCAGACAGUGAACAAAGGCCGCCUGCCGAGGCAUCUGGACCGCAUGCACACCAUCAGUCUGAGCGUUUGAGGGGGCCUGAGAUAGCUUUGCUCCGUAAGCGCCUGCAGCAGCUGAGGCUUAAGAAGGCUGAGCAGCAGAGGCAGCGAGAGCUGGCUGCACGGGCCCGACCGCAGCCGCCCACUUCUGAUCAGUCUUCUCAUGAGGGCCCGGCCCAGGACCCUCAUGCUUCAGAUUCUCCUUCUUCUGUGGUUAACAAACAGCUCGGAUCCAUGUCCCUUGAUGAGCAACAGGAUAACAAUAAUGAAAGGCUGAGCCCCAAACCAGGGACAGGUGAACCAGUUUUAAGUUUGCACUACAGCACAGAAGGAACAACUACAAGCACAAUAAAACUGAACUUUACAGAUGAAUGGAGCAGCACUGCCUCGAGUUCCAGAGGGACCGGGAGCCAUGGCAAGCCAGAGGGCGAGGAGGAGCCGCUGGUCCCCGAGGGCGCGGGGUGGCCCACGCCAGCAGGAGCCCGCGAAGCGCAAGCUCCUGAGGAGUCAGAGGAUGUGACAGCAUAUCAAGGAAGUGCAGCUGCAGAAAACACAGUUCAGAGUCAUCUAGAUACAGCACAAUCAGACAAGUCCACUUGUGAGCCAUCGGAUUCCAGCUCAGGAGAAAGACACGGCUUCAGUCUUGAUGGCCCUUGCGGGGUUGCGGAAGAACCGGCUUUGUCUGAAGAGGGCAAGGAAGCAGACACUUCCGAUCAACUGAGCGCUGAGAGUGCCGAUGAUCACAGCACCAGCCCCCUGGGGCCCAAGCCCCAGACGGAAGGCAUCGGGCCCGUGCCUGCUGAGGAGACAGCAGCCAGGGACUCAGCGCCCCAGGACACCGAUGACAGUGAUGAUGACCCCGUCCUGGUCCCAGGGGCGAGGUAUCGAGCAGGACCUGGCGAUAGAUUUAAUAUCAGAGGAACAACAAUAGGUGAUAGAAUAAUGAGACGCUCUGCUGUGGCCCGCAUUCAGGAGUUCUUCAGGCGGAGAAAAGAAAGGAAAGAGAUGGAAGAACUGGAUACUUUGAACAUUAGAAGGCCACUUGUAAAGAUGGUUUAUAAGGGCCAUCGCAACUCCAGGACAAUGAUAAAAGAAGCCAAUUUCUGGGGUGCUAACUUUGUGAUGAGUGGUUCUGACUGUGGCCAUAUCUUUAUCUGGGAUCGUCACACCGCUGAGCAUUUAAUGCUUCUGGAAGCUGACAAUCACGUGGUGAACUGCCUGCAGCCACAUCCGUUUGACCCAAUUCUAGCCUCGUCUGGCAUAGAUUAUGACAUAAAGAUCUGGUCGCCACUAGAAGAAUCAAGGAUUUUUAACCGAAAACUUGCUGAUGAGGUUAUCAAUCGGAAUGAACUCAUGCUGGAAGAGACGAGAAACACCAUCACUGUGCCAGCUUCGUUCAUGUUGAGGAUGCUGGCCUCCCUGAACCACAUCCGAGCGGGUGAGAACUGCCGUGUGCUACUCUAAUCACGUGGGGUCAUGUAAGAUCUGCUUUACGGGGAUUUGCAUCUUUUCCUUACAUCACAAAACGAAGGCAGCCUAACUGCUGAACUAGGAGUUCUGUGAACUCUUCAUCUUAGCACAGUAACUUCUUUCCUCAUGAACCUGCUUCAUUGGAAAGUAUCAGAAUGAGAAGACAGAGUCACUUGAAAACUUUAAAUCCGCUGUGCUUUUCUUCUCCGAGUGGAGGAUCCUAUCAGGAACCUUAGGUAUGUCCUAGUAAGUACCCUUUAAAAGCAGACUCACUCAAAAUCAGCCCUAGUCCAGGAGAAAAUAAAUGUAACAUUCUAAGAAGGCUGAAAAAAAUAACCUGUUUUUGCCAGGAUUUUCUUCUUUGAGACUAUGAGGUUGAGGGCCAUAGAUACACAGAAUGCGUAUAUUACAACUAAUAUUCAGGAAGGAAUUCAGUAAUCUGUCUUCAUAACAAUAGAAAAGAUCCAAUAUCCAUUAUAAACAGAAUAUGUUUAUCAAAGUGUUUAUCACUGUUCACUGAUUUCGUAAAUUAAAUUUUUUCAUAUGUUGGGUUUCACCUGUCAGUAAUACCAACAAUGACCAUUUAUAGAGCACCUGUCAUGUGUCAGGCACAAGCCUGGUCACUUCACAGAUUCAGCCUCAUUUAGCUCCAUCCAGCCCUUUACGGAGCAGGGUCUGGUAAUAACUCAGCUCAGGCCACACCUGAUACAUGACGAAGCCCGGAUCUCACACGGGCCUGCUCCUCGCUCGCUUUGACCCACAGACCUCGCUGGCAGGAACACGCUCAGGUCACGGAUAUGAGGCUGACCUGAUCUGAACUGCUUUCCCGGCUCGUCACAGCCUUCUGCCCUCCGUCUUCCACCCCCUCAGGCCCGCCUCGAAUCUGGGGGUACAUUGAACUCUUUCCCACCUUGGGGUCUUUAUAGCCAUGCUGUCCGCUCCCCACUCCCUCUGUUAGGGCGACUUCUCUGCCUCCUAAGUCAGUGGGAGAGUGGAAGCCUCUGUAGGGAUAACCAGUCUCAGAUCCGGUCUCCCUGCUGAUGGCGGUGCCGUGGAGCUGUCCCCAUGUCUAACCCACUAUUUCCCGCGUAGUGCUGGGGAGAUGUUUCCCUGGCAGAGAGGGUCCCAUUGAGUGAUGGUGGCACCUUCACCCUGUUGCCUAAUGUAAGGAGUAAAAACUUAGUCGUUUACUCAGAAAAUCUUCAUUAAACAUCUUAUAGUAUGAGGAUAUAAAACAAAAAGGAGUCUCUACCUUCCCAGGGGCUCACAGGCGGUCUGAAGAAGAUACAGACACUCAGACCCUCACUCAUUAUGAUGUCACUACCGGGUAUUCCAGAAUGCGGAGGGGGGAGGUCAGAAUUCUGCAGGUCGGAUGCUUGGAAAAGCCCAGGGAAGGCCUCACCCCGGGGGUAAUAGUGGUGCUGGGAUGGAUAAGCAGAACCUGACAAGCUGAAAAAUCGGACGGAAGCGGCCCGAGCACUGGAGCAGGAAGUGAGAGCGUGAAAGCUGGGAGCAGCUGUGCCCAGUACUAAUCUCGGUCAGCUCCUGAGGGUAGACACUGUGUCUGACUUUGUCACCAUCGUAUUCUCAGUUCUUAGCACAAGACUUGGAACGUAUAGCACACACGUAAUUUAAAAACUCCUUUGACAAAUACACAGAUCCUCAGGAAAGGUCCCCAGCUGCUGCUCAGCCUCUCCCUCACUCCCCUUGGUGACGCCUGAUAUGCUGCCUUAGUCCUAGACUCUGAGGGACACAGCUUAAAACCACUGCAGUCGACCAUAAUACAUCAGUAUCUCUAGGGUGUUUUUUUUUUAAUUUUUAUAUGUUUAAAAUUACAUGCAUAUUCAAAGUUAAUAGUGCCGUGUUUCCUU